AACAUUAAAACUUACCUAAGAAAUUUAAAUGAUUUUUUUUCAGAAGUUUCCUCUAGAUUUAGAGUGGGACAAGCACGUGGCCUUCCACAAUGAAAACUCUAACACAUGUCAAUCAAUCAUUAUUCAAGUCCUCUCUGGCUUCUAUUUAUCCCGCCAACAUUAACUUUCCUUACCCACUUAGCCGUCGCUCUUUUGUUUUCUGUUUCGUCUGAAGAAAAAAAAGAAAAAGGAAGAAAGAAAAUGGUUCCGUUGUCAUCGACUCUUCUUGGCUUAACCUUUUGGGCACUACUAAUUUCACCGGCCGUUUCCCUCACCUGCUCCUCCCAAAAGUUCAGCCAAAACCAAGUUUUCUCCAAUUGCUUGGACCUCCCUUCUCUUUCCUCUUACCUCCACUUCUCUUACGAUUCUUCCAAUACUAUUCUCCACAUCGCCUUUAUCGCGACUCCUUCCAAAUCCGGAGGCUGGAUCGCCUGGGCCAUAAACCCAAAUGCCACCGGCAUGGUCGGUUCCCAAUCCAUCGUCGCCUACAAAAACUCCACCACCGGCGUCGCCGUCGUUCAUACCUACGACGUCAGCUCUUAUUCUUCAAUUUUGCAGAAGGAUUUGUCAUUCGAGGUUUGGGAUAAGACAGCGGAGAGUAGAAGCGACGGGAGUUUGGCAAUUUUCGCUAAAAUUAAGGUUCCUGCGGAUUUAGCGUCGAGUGGGACGAUUAAUCAAGUGUGGCAAGUCGGUCCCGGCGUUGAAGCUGGAGUCAUGUUGGAAAAACAUGACUUUGCUGCAGCUAAUUUGCAAUCUAAAGGAACCCUAGAUUUGAAAAAUGGACAGAGUAGCGGUAGUUCUGGAGACACGAGGGUUAAGCGUAAAAAUAUUCAUGGGAUACUAAAUGCUGUGAGUUGGGGAAUUUUGUUUCCUCUUGGAGUAAUGAUUGCGCGGUAUAUAAGAACCUUUGAGUCUACAGAUCCAGCUUGGUUUUACCUUCAUGUGUUCUGUCAAAUAUCAGCUUAUGCCAUAGGAGUUGCUGGCUGGGGAACUGGUCUUAAGCUUGGAAGUGAAUCCCCUGGGAUUACAUAUUCCGUUCACAGAAAUAUUGGAAUUGCCCUUUUCGUUCUUGCUACUGUGCAGAUUUUUGCGUUGUUUUUAAGACCCAAGAAGGAGCACAAGUACCGAUUCUACUGGAACAUUUACCACCACAGUUUUGGAUACGCCAUACUUGUUCUUGGCAUACUCAAUGUGUUUAAGGGUUUCAAUAUCUUAAGGCCUGAGCAUAAGUGGAAAUCGGCUUAUAUGAUUGUGAUUAUUGCCUUGGGCGGAAUUUCCUUGCUGUUGGAAGCGAUUACUUGGGUUAUAGUUUUGAAGAGAAAGUCUGGGAAGUCCACCAAACCCUAUGAUGGAUACAACAAUGAUCAAGGUAGACAGCAGCCUCUUGCCAUGUGAUCAACCGAUUCUUGCAGUUCCCCUGCCCAACCUGAUUUUGUAACAUCCUCAUCCUCUCUCAUGUUUGAUACGUAUGAGGUUUAUAUAUUUUGGACCACUUAUUUAUUUUUCGACUCUUGUAUAAUCGUUUAAUUCCAAAUAUUGUUAUUAUCACUUGAUAACUUGUAUAUAUAUAGUAGUAGUACGUAUUGCCGAGUA